CCGUCAUACCAAUUGACACCUGUAACCAUGGCAGACGUAUACCCUAAAACUAUUUAGAUCAGGCUCGUUGGCCAUUGAUCAUAGAUCAUAGAUCAGAGGUCAGCCUAAUGUGACCGAUGGAAAGCGUUCCAAAUCCGAGCCUCGGCAUAAGGAACUGGCAGAUCACCCACCAGCCAAUGACACGAGGGUAUAAAAGUGCGGGGAGCAGCAAGUCGAGCGGGAGCUUCAGACGGUUCACUUCAUCUCAUUCAACCAUAUCAAGUUUCCAAGGCGUGCUUGAACGAUACCAAAUUAGACCCCCAUGGCUGCACCCCGGAUCACAUUAUAUUUGGAUAUCGUUAGCCCGUUCGGGUAUAUCGCAUUCCAUGUAUUGAGAAAUUCCCCCGUCUUCGCCAAAUGCAAUAUCACCUAUGUCCCGAUCUUCCUGGGAGGAUUGAUGAACGCCUGCGGCAAUACGCCUCCCGUGAAUAUUAAGAACAAAGAUGCUUGGAUCGGAAAGGAACGGCUCCGUUGGGCGCGAUACUUCUCCGUUCCCAUGGUUGAGAGCACCCCGGAAGGCUUCCCGCCGAUGACUUUGGCGACCGAACGCGCGCUCUGUGCCGUCUCGGUGAAGGCGCCGGAGAAGCUUGUUCCGACUAUCGAGGCCCUCUAUCAUUCGUUCUGGGUGCAGGGGAAUGCUAAGAUCGGACAGGUCGAAGGCUUUACUCCGGUGCUAGAGAGUGUCUUUGGGAAGGAUGGGGCUCAGGAAAUUCUGCAAGCGAUGGGCCAUGCAGAGGUCAAGGAGCGCUUGAAGGCGAACACCGAUCAAGCGUUUAAAUCCGGUGCUUUUGGCAUUCCAUGGUUUGAGUGCACCAAUGUCAAGGGCGAGACGGAGGGUUUCUGGGGCAUUGAUCAUCUCGGCCAAGUGGCAGACUUUUUGGGCCUGGAUCGCGGUUCGGACAGGGGAUUCAAAGCGGUUUUGUAGAGUCGCGUGGAACCGUGGGAGUUCAGGGAGCAAUAUCUUAUC